UAUGAUCCAUGUGGCUAUUGGGAUGGUGAUGUUGUCACUGACGAGCACGUUCGGUGGGGAGCUGGAAGAUGAACUUCUUCGUUUCGACGCCAUUCUCCAUCUAGCUGAUGCUACAGCCAUGAACGUAAAACUAGCGGCACUACGUACGUGUGACAGUUGUGAUGUUCCUGAAGGCGAUUCCUGCUUCCACACAAUAUUCAGCAAGCUGUCCUGGGACACGGCGUUCCUGCAGUUCGACCUGAAUAUGAUGAGGAUGGGGAUGAGGAACUGUACCGUGCCACCUUACCUGGAGAGUGGGGGAAUGGAUGAAGCAGGCCCCAGACACAGGGCACCGGGAGUUGGCGUGUGUCCCCCACACCACCAGCAUAAUACACCCCUGGAUCGCCUCAUCUACUCGGACAUGAGAUAUAAUGGGUCCCUGUGCGACGCAUGUCAGAACCUCCACACGCUACAGAGGAAGGUGCAUCCCUUGACCGUGUACAGGAGUGUGAAGAGUCGCCACAGUGAGGACCACAAGGCUUUAGGCUGGCCCAUCCUCCUUGCCUACAUCCUCCUCGCCGCGUGUGUGACGCUGUGGGCGUAUCAUAACGCCGGGUUGAUGACGGUGUAAUGAAGAUGGCCGUCAGUCGGUCACCUGGCACUGGACAAUGAGUAUAUUUGUUUUAGAGCCAAUGCGAUCAAUGAGAGUCUAAAUAUAGAAAAGUACUUUAUCUAUUUCAGUUUUUAUUCGUUUAGUUCCAAAAAUUGUCGUUCACGCAAACCUCACGACAAUGUCCGGGCCAGCCCUGAAAUAGCUGCAACAGAAGAUGAUAUAUCCUUGAUGAUGAUUAGAUGCAGUGCGCGAAAGCAAUGGAUCGUCCAAUCUGUAUCGCUGUUGCCAAAGAGGCAGUAGUGAAAUUACCAUAUAGUCCAAAAAAGUGCUUUCACAUAUUUUUUUAAAGUACGAUGGUUGAUUGAUAACUUCUGAGCCUUACAGAGAAAACCUCAUUUUUCAACGCAAUGAGCCCUUCAACAUUGAUAUACUUUUGCCAACGGUGUCACAUGGAUGUUAUCCCAGUUUCGUAAAAGUACUUCUCUUGGCCUUCCAAGGUGAGGUGAGGUGAAA